AUUACAAAGAAAAAGAAGUAGAAGAUGUAGAAGGAUACUAUACCAAAGAUACAAUCAAGGGAGAACUGGAGAUCAUCAUUGAUGAAGGAAUUCAGCAAAUUAAGGUUAAUAAGGAAUUGGAACAAGAAGAGUGA